AGAGACGCACAUUCUAUAAUAUUCAUCGUCCAAUUGAGGCGUCCUUUUAGCAGUAGUGGAAAGUUGUACUGCCGCUUAUAACAUGAAGAUCCUGUUCGGUCUCGCCUUUCUUCUUUGCAUUUCAGUCGGUAAGUUAAUUUAUUUCAGUUGUAUCUGUUUCUUCCUGGCUAGAAAAGGAUAAUGUUUUUCUGUGUGCCUUCUUUAUCUUCUUUCUCUGAAUAAAUGGGUGUGGCGAGCCAUCUUGCUUACAGUUUCCGAACCAAUUGAACAAACAUCAUCGUUUUUUCCCCUCGCCUAAUGAUUUGGCUCGAAACUUAAUAUUAAAUCAUACCCUAGUAUGCUGCUAUUUUAUUAGUCUGGAAAUAGGCCUGGUUACACUUUCAGUUUUCUACAUUUAGGCACGAAAAAUAUAACCGAUAUGUUAGGAAUGAUUUAGCACGGAAAUCAUACUGAUCUUACAAAACGGCAACAUCCUCUUUAACGUUCUUUCCUCCUGUAAUUUUCUACACCAAAAGGUAUGUUCUCUACUAGGCCUAUCUUGGUGCCCAAUUAACUGUCGACGAACCUUUCUUCGAAUGCAAUCGGGGACAGGCGCCAUCGUCGAUGAGUAUUGCGAGAAGGGAUCGACGAAUUAGAAAACUCCAAUUCUGCAAAAUUCUUCUCGAUAACAAGAAACGCAGGACAAAUGUCCAAAAAUUAGCGCUCAAAGAAAAACAAUACAUGCAAUGUACAACAAUGCAGCUUUGCUGACAGCAGAAUUAUGGCAAGGUUAAGAAAUAUGCUGGGAGAUAUAAAAAGUGCUAUUUUAACUGCACGCCUAAUUCGCAGGAAACGUUUCUACAGUUGGAUGAUGAACCAAUAUGUUAUUCACUAAUAUUUCAAUCCUGACAUAUACAUCUACUCCCCGUUCUUAUAAAGACUCGCGAUCACGAUAGGCUGCAUCAAAGAUAUUCAUUCAUUAAAAAUCUUAAUCACGUAUAAUGUCUGGGUAGCCAGCAGUCCUUAAAAAAUCUUCUAGUUUUGAACAAAUACUUAACAACGAACCCCUUCACCUUGGUAAUGCAAGGUAGUUACUACUUUAAAAAAUUUACUCCAUGAAGCAAAAGUAGUUCGAUUGAUGACGCAAAACAUUUUACAUUAAAAUUUAUAUUUUGUUGGAUUUGGAUCUUGGCAUAAAAGUAUUCUUCGACCUGUGGGAGGAACUGAGGAAAAGAAUUGAAGCAGAGAGUCAUGCAAUUUUGGUGGCUAGGUGAAUGUGUGAACGACACGCAAGGAAUUCCAUGUGCAUUGCUAGGUGACGUAGAACAUCGCGUAUCUCCAAUAAUAAGUUACUUCAGAAGGAUCGUGGGUGGCAUCCUUUGUUGUUCUAAUACGCGCAUUAAGAGACUCACAUUUACAAUAUUCAGCCCCCACAGCAAAUGAAAUUUUAGCAGCAGAGGAAAACUGUAGUGCCUUUUACGAAAUAAAGAGCCUAUUCGGGUCUUGCCUUUCUUCUUUGCAUUUCAGAUGGUAAGUUAAUGUAGUCCAGUUGUAUCUGUUUCCUCCAGUUUAGGUAAAGACAACGUUUCCUUUGUUUGCGUCCUGUAUCUUCUAUUUCUGAAUAACUGGGUGUUGCGCGGCAUCUUGCUUGCAUUUUCCGCUAAAGAUUGUUAAAAAAAUCAUUGCUUUUUUCCUCUCGCUUAAAGAAUUGGUUCGGAAACUUUAGUUGAAUCAUAGGUUAUUGAACUGGUAUUUUAUUAAACUGGAAAUAGGUCUGGCAAGCUUUCAUUUUUUUGCAUUUAGGCGAGAACAAUUUAACGGGUGUGUUAAAAAUAAUUUAGCUUGGUAAUAAAAUACGGGACUUACGAAACGUCUACAGCCCUCUUGGACUGGCUUCUUGUCUUCAUGUUAUUUUCUACACUAAAACGUAUUCACUUUUAGGCGUAACUUUGAGUUAAUUGUUCACGAACAUACCCUUCAAUUCUGAUCAGUUACAGGUGCGUUCGAAUAUUAUGAGAAGGGAUGAACGCGCCAUGAAUUAUAAAAACCAAUUCUGUAAGACUUUUUUUUUAUUGAAAAAAAAAACUUAAACUUCGAAAUAUAAAGCGGUCAGAAAUAUUGACAACACGCAACAAUGCAAAAUUCAUACUUUACUAAAAGCAGGGUGAAGAAUGUUGGUGAAAUAACUGCAAAAUUCAUAUUUGAGCUCCACGCCUAAAUCGUAUAAGUCUUUCCGAGAUUGCUUAUGUGAGCUAAUAUGACAUUCACCUGCUUUGCUUUCUUAUGAAGGCCACCUCGUUCUGAAUAGCUAGCACCCAAGCACACACACGGCACGUAUUGUUUCGCCAGCAGUCCUAAAAUGCCGUCGAUCAACUCUUAAAUAAGUAUUUAAGCACAAACCACGAAGCCUCUGUUUUGCAGUGUAAGGUAGUUAUUCCUUGAGGCAGAAGAUCUCUAGGAAAAUUUACAGUACAAAAGAAACCAUUUUACUUUGCAUUGUUACCGUAAGCCAGAUCAGUUCAGGCCUCGCCAUUUAUCAGUUGAUUUCACAGCUCGUUUACACAAUAUAAUUCCCAAGUAUGAUAGGAAAUCGUUUCCAUAUUUUAUCCGAAAUCGUUUAGGAUUUGUGUAGCUUGUUGUUACUUAAUAUUCCAUGUCAAAACCAAAGGCCACAGUGGCUAAAAUUUUUGUCCCUUUGAACGAAGUGUUUGUACCAGGAUACCAGGGUAUUCUGUAAAUAAGGCGUUUUGUAUGGCCUUUGAAACUGUCUCUCAUUGUGGGUUUCUCUGCUCUCGUUUUCUUACGCUAUCUCUAAAAUAUAGAACAGUAUUCCUCUAAGUAUUCGUUUAUAAUCUAAUGAGAUAAAUUCAACGAGGCAAUUCAUCAACAACUUUUAGAUAUAUUUUGUUGAUAGAGGGUGACUAUGAUGACACACCAAGUACAAUUUCAAGCUUUAACCAAAAUGAAUUAAGAAACUUACUAAUCAUGAUAUGAUUAAGUAUUAUAUUUGAAAGUUUACACCAGUCUCUAAUUAUAAAAACCUGUAAAGAAUUUUUAUUUGAGUCUGACACACCUCGGUUAGUUUCAUCAUUGCUUUUUUCUGGUCAGCACUUGGUGUAAUAUUAUUUGCAGAAAGAAGUAAAUGCUGUUGUUGUUGCUGUGGCUGUUAGUAUGUUUUUACGAGACUAUUAUGGCACUCUCUUUUCCUGUAGUAUUUUUCAUACAAGUUCAUAAUGAUUUUCGUUAUUUGUACACCUACACUCAUUUUUACAUUAAACGUCCGGUCAGAAAAAAGAUGACUGGAACUGGGCACUCAAAGGCCCAUCCUUAAUGAAAUAUGGUCCGUGUACAUAUAUUCCGCGUUCUUAUAACGCCACCGCACGUGUUCCGGGAUAGCCAGCACUUCAGACAACCGAUCCCAGUUACGCAUAUAUAUUUCUCAUUGCUAGCCAGCUCCUUAGACACCCUCUAUUCUUUCAUAAUAGAUAUUUGAACAUAAACUACGUAGCCACUGUUUUUCAUUGUGAAAAGAAUUCACUCAUAAAACAAAAUGAUGUUUGAUCGAUUACGCAAAAUAUUUCCCAGGGAAGAAGAAUCUGUCAAUAACGCGAACAAUGUGCAACCAAUUGCGCAUUCUUACGAACUUAAAUUAGAAAAAUUUUUCAGCCCUAUAAAAAGAUUAGUGGGCUGCCUAGCUGUCGCUUGCAAGUGAUUAUGAUGGGCAAGUGUCAAUCAAAUAUAGUGGCAGCUAAAUAAAGCGUUGCCUUUUUAUUGGUUAGUAUAGACUUAAAAUCGAUAUAUUGACAAUUACUUAAGUGGGGAAGUGGGCGAUAUCCUAUACUCCUCCGUUUAGUAAAACGCGCAUUCAGAGACGCACAUUCUUUAAUAUUCAUCGUCCACUUGAGGUGUUCUUUUAGCCAGCAGUGGAAAGUUGUACUGCUUCUUAUAACAUGAAGAUCCUGUUCGGUCUUGCCUUUCUUCUUUGCAUUUCAUUUCAAUUUGUAUGUUUCUUCCUGUUUAGGUAAGGAUAAGGAUAAUGUUUCGUGUCAGUGUGCGUUCUUUAUCUUAUUUCUCUGAAUAAAUGUGGCGCACCAUCUUGCUAGUUUCCGAACCAAUCGAACAAACAUCAUCAUUAUUCCCUCUGGCCUAAUGAUUUGGUUCGGAACCUAAUGUUAAAUCAUAGUGUAAUAAGUUGGUAUUUUAUUAGUCUUGAAAUAAGUCCGGUUAGCCUUCAUUCUUUUGCAUUUAGGGGCAAAAAAUUUAACGGGUGUGUUAGGAAUGAUUUAGCUUGGUAAUAAUGACUCGGAAAUUUGGAAUCGUCGGCAUCCUCUUCGACCUUCUGUUCUUCCUGUUAUUUUCUAUACCAAAAGCUACUCUCUUUUUGCCGUAACUUUGUAUUAAGUGUUCACGAACAUAUCAAAUCGUGGACAGAUGCGUUGCUUUCGAUGAAUAUCACGAGAAUGGGUCAACGAACUGGAAACUCGCAUUCUUUUGUCGAUUAAAGGGCAACAAGCAACUGAUACCACAUUUAGAAGAGGGUUGCAAAAAAUGCUGGUGAAAUUAACGUGAAAUUUCAUAUUUUGCUGAACUCCACGCCUAAAUCGCUCAUCUUUUCGUAGUUUGAAUGAUGCGAACUAAUAUGACAUUUACUAAAUAUUUACUGAUAUAUUAAGGGGUUGGGCGUGACAUCUUGCUUACAUUUUCCGCGCAAAUCAGACAAACUUCAUGGUUAUUUCCCUCUCGCUCCAGGUAUGAUCAGUGGGAGAGAAACUUAACGGUAAAUUAUAGUCUAAUAAGCUAGAAUUCUAUUAGACUGGAAAUAGGUCUAGUUAGCUUUCCGUAUUUGCAUUUAGGAGCAAAUAAUUUAACGGGAUCUGUUAGUGAUAAUUUAGCACGGCAAUUCUACCGAACUUAGAAACGGUGGCAUCCUUUUCGGCCUUCUUCUCUCUUGUUCUUUUCUACACCAAAACGCACUCUCUAUUAAACAUAACAUUGUGUUGGAUGUUGACUGUUGACUUAUCGUUCCAUUACGAUCGUGGACAAGCUCGGUUCGACCAUGAAUAUUGCGAGCAAUUGACGGAUUACAUUGCUUAAAUUCUGGAAAAAAUUUUUUGUUUCGAUUUCAAAAAACGCAGGUCCUAAAUGUCCAAGUAAGAAACCCUAUGAAAUACGGGCAACGCGCAACAUUGCAGCUGUGUUGAUACAGGACUUAGGCCUAGGCCAAACGUCGAACUCUUCAUGAGAUGAUCCAAACUUAGUGAAUUGAGUUCAUGAAAAGUUCGACGUCUGCCUAAAAGUUCGACGUUUGGACUAGGCCUUGGAGCGAUUGCAAAAGGCCUCCAAAAAUACCAGUGAAAUGCAAAUUUUUAUAUUUAAACUCCACGUCUAGUAUAUCCUACAAACCUUUUCGUAGUAGGAUACCGUAAACUAAUAUGAUCCCUGGCUCCACUACUAUAUACAUAUAUUCCGCAUUCUUAUUAAGCCGCUAAGUCCUGGAUAGCCAGUAACCAAGACUGACAUCCGUCCCUAGUCACGCAUAUACACGUAAUAUUUUGUUGGAGCAGGGUAAUUGGCUCCUGAUUUUCUAAAAUACCCGUUCUAGUCUUGCUUGGUUUAGGUAAAAAGCGAAUUCAGAUUGGCACUUUCCAAAAUAUUCUUGUCCGUGUUUUCAUAACAGAUAAUAACGGUGGAGAAUUGUUUUGUAGCAUACAAGAUGAAUAUCCUGUUUGGCCUUGCUUUUUUCUUUGCUUUUCAAUCGAGAAGUUAUUUGAGUCCAGUUUUAUCUGUUUAUUUUAUUAUUAUUAUUUUUUUUAUGUAAGGAUAAUGCUUAAGGAAUAUCGCUCUGUUGUCUAAGAAGUCUUCUGUCUCUGAAUAAAGGAGUAGGGUGCUAGUCUAAUAUAAAGGUAGUAUUCCAUUAGCUCUUGAUCUGAAAUACCCGCUCUAGUCCUGAUUGCCAGGUAGUUAAGCUCAGGUAGAGUCGCAGAUAAUGACCUGUGGAUUUAGGUAAAACGCCCAUUCAGAGACCGCACUGUGGAGAAUUGUAUCGUAGCUUAGAAAUUGAAUAUCCUGUUUGGUCUUACUUUUUCCCUUUGCUUUUCAAUGGAGAAGUUAUUUAAAUCUUGUUAUAUCUGUUUCUUUUGAUUAAUUUCCUUCUAUGUAAGAGUAAUCCUAAAGAAAUUUCGCUCUGUUAGCUAGGGUCUUCUUUCUCGGAAUAAAGGAGUGGGGAGCUCCAUAUUGUUUACAUUUUCUUUCCCACGAAUCAAACUAGCGCUGUCUUAGGUACGUACUUCGCAAUUCUCCAUGAAACGGGUUGAAGCUAUCGGGAGAUAACCGUAAAUAAUCUGUUAUUUAAAAUGCCUUUUUUGGCACUGUAUUGGGCAAAGACGACAGUUGAAAAUUCUUUUGAAAUUUACCUGUUUAAGGUUUUAGCAACCCUUUCAAGUCUGACCGGCGCGGGUAUUGACAUCGGAUGACAUCACUUCUAAAAUUAAAGGUCGGAAGCAAAGCUACCACACUUGCGCAUCUGACCCUGGCUAAAUUAUAAUUUUUUGUUGCAAACCCCCUUAAACUCUGGGCGUUUCUCUGCGAAACCGUCUCUUUCACCAGUUUUGUCAAACACUCGUCUAACCUAAAAACAGACGGGGACUUACAUUAACUUUUUUCUUGAAAAUUUAUCCAAACAAAAAAAAAACUGUUAGUGCAGAUCACUACGCUAUAGAUAUAAGCGGCGAGUUUGGUCUAAGUUUUCGCGAUUUAUAUAGUCUAGCAGGUUACCACAAAUCAACUGCAGUGCUUGAUAAGUUCUUUUCAAAUCUACUUUCGCAUUUUAAAAAGCUUCUUGCACAAAAUUACACCGCUUGACCGUCAUAAACAUUUGCAUUGUCACUGGUGGGAAAAUUCUGAUGGGAAAAUUCUGUGUCAGCCCUCUUUAGGAACAGGCUCAUAGUAUUUUUGUUUUUUCUUCUAGGUUAUGCCCUGAAAUGCAACCAAUGUCUCUUUACUAAGAGCUGGGAUGACUGCAAAAACAACACAGAAGAGGUAUCCUGUUCGGACAGUGACGACCGUUGUGUCAAAUUUCAUAUCAAAGCUGAGACCUCAGGCGUGACAGAUGAAGUCUUUGCCAAAGGAUGUACCACUUCAUCUAAAUGCAGAGAGAAGAAUUGCAAAAAGUUCGCCCCCUCAGCGAAAAUCACCAAAUGCGAAGUCAACUGUUGUAAAGGUGACCUGUGCAAUGGAGCCCAAGUACCAAUGGUCAGCGCUAUCAUGCUGUUGGCGUGCGCCAUCGUAGGUUUUGCUCGUUAAAGUUCGAGAUAAAGAGCCUGAAUGUAGCCCUUUGUCGAAAAAGAUGUAAGAUGCAUAUGUUUUAAAUGGGCAUGUUAUUUUUUUUUGCAAUGUAGCGUUUUUUUUUCUUAAGGC